AUGAGUCAGAUUAUGGAUCACGGGUAUCAUUCCCAUUCACAUGGGAGUUCUGCACAUUCGCAUUCUCAUUCUCAUUCUCACAUUUCUUCACAGGAAGCAGUUAAGCUAUAUGAUCCAAAGAAACUUGCGAACAAAGGUGUCCGUAUAACUUGGAUUGGAUUCUGUGUCAAUUUUGUGAUGGCAGUGGCAAAACUUAUUGGGGGUGUUGUAUUCCACUCCCAAUCUUUAGUUGCAGACUCUGUUCAUUCCUUUAGCGAUUUAAUUUCAGAUGUUCUUACAUUAUCUACGGUUAAAUACACAACUAAGAAGCCCAACGAGUCAUACCCGCUAGGAUACGGUAAGGUUGAGACGUUUGGAUCCUUGAUGGUGUCAGCAAUUUUACUUUAUGCCGGUUUGGAGAUCGGAUUCGGUUCUCUUUUCAGUAUUAUCGGUCCUUAUCUUAGUACUGCAACUGCCAAGGUUAUGCAUGCUCUUCCAUUUCACGAUCAUAGUACAGGUCUGGAUGAUCUGGGUAGCUCGGCUGUUGCAGAUUCGUUGCAAACUGCAGACAUAAAUGCAGCUUGGCUUGCACUUGGUUCAAUCAUUGCUAAAGAAUGGCUUUUCAGAGCUACAAAGAAAGUUGGAGAGGAAAUGAAUUCUAAAGUUUUGAUUGCGAACGCCUGGCAUCACAGAGUGGAUUCAAUGACAUCUGUUGUCGCUAUGGUUACUAUAUCUGCAGGCUACUUCCUCAAUAUAUACUGGAUGGAUUCGGUUGGUGGUUUGAUAGUGGCUUUGUUGGUUACCCGAGUUGGAAUUUCAGGCUUUUUCCAGUCAUUUAAAGAACUCAUCGACAAAGCAAUGCCAAGGGAUGACAGAAGGUAUAUGGAUAUUGAGGAUGCGAUUAAUGUGCAUUUGAUGAAUAUGGACAGGAACAUUUUAAUUAAACAGUUGGAUGUCAUGCCAUCAGGCACAAACAUGAAUGUCGUCCUUAAGCUUGGUGUCAGCGAGUUCAACAACAAGUAUGAAAACCAGUUGACAUUGAACAAGAUGGGAAGUAUCGCUGAAGUUUUAAGGGGAACAAUUAUCAAGGAUUUCCACAACGUGAAGAACAUGUCUGUCCAGUUCAUUUCAAAUGAUGAAGUUGAAGAGAUUCCCGAAGACAACAGGAAGGAAAAUGAGAUAAGGGAGAAGAGUAUGGAGUUGGAGAAGGAGCACAAGGGAAAGGAGACGAAGGAGGAUUGA